CAACGGCGCGCCCGACCAGCUCAAGCGCUUCUACGGCACCAACGACGUCGACACCUUCCUGUGCGACCGGCCGCUCCACAAGCCGCCCAUAGACAAGGACAACGAGUUCAAGAGUCUCUGGAUUGAACGAACUACGUUAGUCACAGAAAAUACUCUGCCUGGCAUACUGCGUUGGUCAGAAGUGGUGUCGAGGUCCGUUGAAGAGAUUCCGCCAGUCGAAUUCGCAUGCGAGACAAUGGAAGCAACCGAGCGCGAACUACGCAGUCUAAUUUCCCAGUACACUGCAGACCCCACUCGCAACAUAAAUCCAUUCUCUAUGCGGUUGCAAGGCACCAUCGAUGCGAACGUCCAAGGCGGAAUAACCAAAUAUGAGCAGGCUUUCCUUACUGGAGAGUUCAGUAGGAACGCCACGCCGAGAGAGGCUGCGGCCGCUGCUAAGUUACGGAGGCUUGUGGCGUCUCAGUUGGCAGUUGUGGACGCCUGCCUGACAUUGCAUGGCAGACUGGCGCCGGAGGAAGUUAAACCACUGCAUAGGCGAUUGGUGGAAAGGUUCAACCAACUACGGCAAAACCUGGGGCCAGGGUUGGCUCGUGCACGUAGACAACUCUCUGAAAGCAUCGUAAAUACUCCAUUACCACCUGUACCUAAUCUGGAUAAACGAUCUCAAAGUAUACAACAGAGUGACAACUAUUAUGAAGAUGGACAUCUUUACAACAAACCUAUAUACUCACUAGAAGACUCGUCGGAGCCGAGCGUGAUGUCUCACAGCGUGGGCGGCGACAACCGCGACUGUUCGAUGGUGGAAGAUGCCGCCAUGGUGAAGUCCGCGCCGCCUCUGCCCACCAGGCCCAAGUCGGGCGACCCAAGGAGCCCUACCAGACCUCCUUUGGAGAAUUAUCGGAAAAUACUUUGCGUAUACCCGCCGCCUCGGGGGAAGCGACGGGUUAUGUGGGACUCCCUUGUCGGGUGGCAGCAAUAG